AUGGCUUCCCAGAAAGAUCUCUGUGAUGCCAUUGUGAUAGGAGCAGGAAUCCAGGGCUGCUUCACUGCAUACCACCUGGCCAAAAAUGGGAAGAGGGUCCUCCUUCUGGAGCAGUUCUUUCUGCCGCAUUCCCGAGGAAGUUCCCACGGACAGAGCCGGAUUAUACGAAGGGCAUAUCCUGAAGACUUUUAUACUCAGAUGAUGGAUGAGUGCUACCAAAUAUGGGCCCAGUUGGAGCACGAGGCUGGAACCCAAUUACAUAGGCAGACUGGACUAUUGCUGCUGGGAGUGAAGGAGCACCCAGAAUUUCAGACUAUCUGGGCCACUCUGUCUAGGCAGGGGGUGGAACACCAGUAUCUUCCACCUGAGGAACUGAAGCAAUGUUUCCCAAAUAUUUGGUUGACUGGGGGAGAAGUGGGUCUCUUGGACAAGUCUGGAGGAGUGCUCUACGCAGACAAGGCUCUCGGAGCCCUUCAGGAUGUAGUUCGACAGCUGGGAGGCAAGGUACAUGAUGGAGAGAAGGUGAUGGAGAUAAAGCCAGGGCUCCUGGUCACAGUAAAAACCACCUCCAAGAGCUACCAGGCCAAGAGUGUGGUCAUCACAGCAGGCCCUUGGACUAACAGGCUCCUCCGUCCCUUGGGAAUUCAGUUACCUCUCCAGACCCUGCGGAUUAAUGUGUGUUACUGGGGUGAGAAGGUUCCUGGGAGCUAUGGUGUGUCUCAGGCCUUUCCAUGCUUCCUGGGCCUGGGCCUGGACCAGGCUCCCCACCACUUCUAUGGACUGCCUUCAGGAGAGUACCCAGGACUGAUGAAGGUCUGCUAUCACCACGGCAACAAUGCAGAUCCUGAGGAACGGGAUUGCUCCUCUGCAUUCUCUGAUACCCAAGAUGUCCAAAUCCUAUGCCGCUUUGUCCAAGAUCACUUACCUGACCUACGACCCACACCUGCCAUUAUGGAACGCUGCAUGUACACGAACACCCCUGAUAAGCACUUCAUUCUCGAUCGCCAUCCAAAAUAUGACAACAUUGUCAUCGGGGCUGGAUUCUCUGGGCACGGAUUCAAGCUGUCCCCUGUUGUGGGGAAGAUCCUGUAUGAAUUAAGCAUGAAAUUAACACCAUCCUAUGACUUGACACCUUUUCGAAUCAACCGCUUUCCUGGCUUUGGCAAAGCUCACCUUUGA